AGGGGGUAAAAAUGCAGGAGCUUAAACAUGGCAAUCUGUUCAUGUCGUUUUCCAGUUUUGACUCUCGAAAAUCACUUAAUUUCCAAACUUACGACACCUAAAACACGAAAAACACUUAGAGAGAGAAUUGCUGGUUUUUCUUGGUGUUUUUGUUUUCAUGGAGGCGAGCUUCGAAGUUGAAGCCGUGAUCGAGUUCUUGAGGGAAAAUGGCUUGAAAGAAGCCGUGAAAGCUCUCGAACAAGACGUGAUGGAGAAAAAGCAAGAGGUGUGUGCUUCUGAUUUCGAGAAGUUCUUGUUCCCGAUGCCGCCGCCGGUGAGGAUUCCGGCGAUAAUCCGGAGAUCGGAGGGGGACGAGCAAGUGAAGUCCAGCGGUGGGUCGGGCUCCGAUGGUGAUGAAUUCGUCAGCUUGAGGUCUUCUUCUAGUGAUGUUUGCUCUUCAGACUUUGUGAAUCCAUAUGGACUUCAUUCUGCAUCUCAGGAUGAUUCUGAUACUUCUUCGGAUAGAUUAUCUCAGUUCGGAACGGCACGCGAGUAUCCGGAUUUUGAAAUGCAGAACGACUUGUUUUGGCAUGAGGAUAAAGAUGAAGACCACUUCUUGACUCCGUGCUUCGCUGGGUCGGAUUUCUACAGUUUCCCUAGCCAGGAUAAGUUUGUUACAACGUCGGAGUCAGAGAUGCAACAUGAUAAUAGGCUGAUUUCAUAUGAAAAGUCCGACGGAUCUCGAACCGAAGACGGCAUUGAUUACUUGGACAAGCCUUGCCUUUUGAAUAUGGCCAACAUAAAUGGAGAAGACGAGGCUCGAAUUAUGGGUUAUUAUCAUUUUGAUAAAUGUAAUGAGCUUGAAGGUGACUUUGAACCCGAGUUGAAGAACUGUGCUUAUGAUUCUGAGGGACCAGGUCUUUAUGAUGAAAAUCCGCUGAACUUCGGGUAUAUAGGCUCUAAAGGAACAUAUUUUGAUGAUUUUCGAGUAAAUGUUGCUGGAGACAUUGAUGUGGAUCAUAAUGGAGCUUCUGAACAUAUAUUAAAAAUGAACCUUUACUCGGCCAGAAGGGGUUCAAAUGAUUUGAUUGAUGGCUUUGGAUGUGAUUCUGACUUGGCGAACAAGAUUUCCGAGGAAAAAUUAAUAACCGAUACAGUUGACGGUAAUGAAGUUGAAGAUGGAGAACUCGGUGAACCUGAGGCUACUGCAAAUGAAGAGGGUGACGCUACAUAUGAACUUCAAAUGUACUCUAAUGAGGAUGAAUACGAAGUAUUCGAUUUACGAAUCAUUCACAGGAAAAACAGAACUGGAUUCGAAGAAAACAAGGACCUGCCUAUUUUACUAAAUAGUGUCAUUGCCGGAAGAUAUUAUGUAACGGAAUACCUAGGUUCGGCUGCUUUUAGUAAGGUUGUUCAAGCGCAUGAUCUUCUCAUGGGGAUCGAUGUUUGCCUGAAGAUCAUUAAAAACGACAAAGAUUUUUUCGACCAGAGUUUGGAUGAAAUUAAGCUUCUAAAGCUUGUUAAUAAGCACGAUCCCGGAGAUAAGUGCCACAUUUUACGUCUCUACGAUUACUUCUAUCACCGGGAGCUCCUCUUCAUUGUCUGUGAACUGCUUCGAGCAAACUUGUAUGAAUUUCAGAAAUUCAAUCAAGAAUCGGGUGGAGAAGCUUAUUUUACACUCAGCAGGUCGCAGAUCAUAGCUCGUCAGUGUUUGGAGGCACUUGAUUACUUGCACGAGUUGGGAAUUAUUCACUGCGAUCUAAAGCCCGAGAAUAUUCUUAUCAAAAGUUAUAGGAGAUGUGAGAUAAAGAUUAUCGAUCUCGGAAGCAGUUGUUUCCGGACCGACAAUCUAUGUCUGUAUGUUCAAUCUCGUUCCUAUAGAGCCCCGGAAGUCAUCCUUGGCCUGCCAUAUGACCAGAAGAUUGACCUUUGGUCUCUGGGGUGUAUCCUUACUGAGCUAUGUUCAGGGGAAGUGCUGUUCCCAAAUGAUGCAGUCGUGAUGAUCCUCGCGCGGAUGGUUGGAAUGCUUGGCCCUUUCGAUAUGGAGAUGUUGGAGAACGGGCAAGAGACAUACAAGUAUUUCACAAAAGAAUAUGAUUUGUACCAUAUAAACGAGGAGACGGACCAACUCGAAUACAUCAUUACCGAGGAGUCUUCGUUGGAGCAGCAUCUUCAAGUAUCUGAUGUGCUGUUCAUCGAUUUCGUUAGACACUUGCUUCAGAUGAAUCCUGAAAGGCGCCCAACUGCGAGGGAGGCAUUACAACACCGAUGGCUCUCCCACUCGUACUAAACCGGAACUCAACCAGAUCGGCAGAGGAAUGCCGCUUUCUGAGAGUAUAUUACACACUCAUCAAGCAACAUCUUAUGAGACGAGCAUAUUUCCGAUAUCGAUUUUGGUUUUAUGUAUAGCAAAAAAGUGGAUCACACUUCAUGUUUAUUAACAUUCUUUUAAUUCAUUGAUUGAAUCUCUUAAUGCCAAUUACUGUAUAUGCUUACAUACAUGUAUAGAUAUAUAGAUUGUUUUUUGUUUCGCCUGCAAUCGAAUCGAUACUUGCUCCGGUUACUG